GGAGGCUGGCUGGCUGGCUGGCUGCUCUGUUGUUCAUGUGUUCUUUAAUAAUAUAAUAGUGAAAAAGUUCCGUUGGAAUAAUUGUUUAUUAUUACAUAUAUUAUUGCAUAAAGAUGGAACAAGACAAAUGUAUCCUGAGAGAGAUGAAUUGUGAAUUAAAUCAAUUAUCAAUGCCCGAUGGUUCCACGAUAUUCAUGCAAGGGGACACUUGUAUAGCUGCUGGAGUCUAUGGGCCCAUCGAAGCAAGACUCGCAAAAAUGAUGUAUGAUAAAGCACACAUUGAAGUCGUAUUCAGCCCCAUUAAAGGGCCACCCAGUAUUGAUGGAAGAAUGAAGGAAUUGUACAUUAAGGAGACGUGUGAAUCAACAAUUAUGAUCAGUCUACAUCCAGGUACAGCCAUCUCCAUAAAUCUGCAGGAAAUGGAAGAUGCUGGGGGUCUGUUAGCAUGUGCCAUUAAUGCUGCUAAUUUAGCACUGAUCAACUCAAGUUUAUCAAUGAAAUUCACAAUUGCUGCUAUUCACUGUAUGAUAGAUAAAGACAGUGGAAAAAUUAUUUUGGAUCCUGAACCAAAUCAAUUACAGAAUGCAAGAGCGAAAUUCACGUACGCAUUCGACAGCAUAAAAAAGGAUCUUAUCACCUGUCACACGUCUGGAAUAUUCACUGAAAAGGAACUGAUGAUUUCAAUGAAACAGUGCAGAGAAGCUAGCCAAUAUAUUUUCAAUUUUUAUCGAGAGGUGGUUAAAAAAUAUUCCAAAUGUACAGCUCGAUGAUUUUGUCAUGAUUAAUAAAAAAACAAAAACAAUA